UCAGCAGUUUAGCCAAGCCAAGACAACAAUAAGUUUGCGAUGCGAGGCCGAGUCGAUCCGAAGCGCAGCCAGUAGCUGGCCAGUUACUCAGCUGCUGAUCGUUGUAUUCGUUACCAACUCGACAGCGGCAUUCCUGUUGGUUAAAAUGGCAGCGAGGACACUGGCUCGAGCGCUCCGCGCUCAUUUGCGAACGGGGAGACGAAAUCCGCACUGUCGCCUGUACCGCACGUCGGCGAUCUGCAGACAACAUGAGCAAGGCGGCGACUCCACGUCGUCUUCAGUCCCGCCGCUGGAUGACACGAGUCGACCGCAGUAUCUGGGCACCAGGUGUGACUGGACCGAGAGCCUUGACUUCUGCACACACGUUGUCUCCCAAGGGUUCCCCGUCUACCGUGUCCUCAGUCGGGAUGGAAAACCUAUCGUGCCCUCUCAGGAUCCCCAGCUGUCAGAGCAGGUGCUGCUGAAGAUGUACCACGGUAUGACACUCCUGAACAGCAUGGACCGAGUCCUGUAUGAGUCACAGAGGCAAGGACGCAUCUCCUUCUACAUGACCAACUUUGGCGAGGAGGGCACACACUUCGGCAGUGCCGCUGCCCUCGACGACAAUGACCUCAUCUACGGACAGUACCGAGAAGCGGGAGUCUUGGUGUGGCGCGACUACCCGCUGGCUCAGUUCAUGGGCCAAUGCUAUGGCAACGAGCUGGAUGACUGCAAGGGGCGAGGCAUGCCUGUGCACUACGGCAGCGCCAAGCACAACUUUGUCACCAUCAGCUCACCGCUCGCCACACAGAUGCCCCAAGCUGUGGGCUCUGCAUAUGCAUUUAAGCUCGCCCAAAAGAAGAACUGCGUCGUUUGCUACUUUGGCGAGGGUGCCGCCAGUGAAGGCGACGCCCAUGCUGCCCUCAACUUUGCCGCCACACUCGACUGCCCAGUCAUCUUCUUUUGCCGAAAUAAUGGCUAUGCUAUUUCAACUCCAGCCUACGAGCAGUACAAAGGUGAUGGCAUUGUUGCGAGGGGUCCUGGCUACGGCAUUGCAUCCAUACGUGUCGAUGGCAAUGAUGUCCUGGCGGUGUACAACGUCACAAAAGCCGCUCGCCAGAUGGCCGUUGAGGAAUGCAGACCAGUACUUAUAGAGGCUAUGACAUACAGAAUCGGUCAUCACAGUACAUCGGACGACAGCUCGGCAUACCGGUCGGUGGAUGAAGUUCGGUCCUGGGACCGCAACGACCACCCCAUCACCCGCUUCCGCAAUUAUCUCGUCCACCGCGGACUCUGGGACGACAGCAAGGAGGAGCAGUGGAAGAACGAGACCAAGAAGCAGAUCAUGCAGGCGUUUGCGCGUGCCGAGAAGCUGAAGAAGCCGCCAGUGAAGUACAUGUUCACGGACGUGUACAGCGAGAUGCCCCCUUCGCUCCAGGAACAGUGGGAACUGAUGAGGCAGCAUCUGCAGCAUUACAAGGAGCACUACCCGCUCAGCGGCUUCAAGGAACUGCCGGAAGAUGAAUAGAAAAUCAAGGCGUGCAACUCGACUGGAAUACACUACUGCAUUGUUUCAAGACGAGCCCAACACUGCAACACAUCCAAAUGUCACGCAAAUCUCUUGCACUGCCAUGCGGUGAAGUGUGUUGGAUGCCAGCUCAGGGAGUUUCCUGAGAAUACUGGAAGACACAGAACCAAAUGCAGCUACACAGAAAUGUGGUGGCUUUUACGCGGUUCUUUUUUAGCUUUUCAAAUGGUUCAAUCACGCUUAUUUUGGCUGGGGUUGCAUAAUGCGACGCGGCAGUUACGUGCGCCGACGUACGGAGUAAAUUGCACGUCUGCACAGAGCAGCAGUGUGUAGGCGCUACAAAUCGUCGUAAACAAAGGGGCGAAACGGUGUUUUGGCAGUUCGACUCAAUGUUAGCGAAAAGAAACUGUUUUCGACAGAACAGUGCAAUUGAAUACUGUAAAUGCUUUCGUGUUCAGAGGGCUCUUUUUAAUGGCAAAAGUUGUCAAACCAUCUACUUUUAUGUCGUUCACUCCCCGGCUUGUUUGUGGGUUGUUGUAGUCUGCUGCCCGUGGCGCAAAAAAAAUAUUGAAAAGUUGCACGGGUUAUCCUCACUGCGUGAGCUUUGCUUCAGUGGCAGCAGGGCAAUUAAUUAACCAACCAUUGAUAAAAUUUGUCAGAGGCAUUUAUUUUUCUUCUUGGAUAAGCAAAAACUUGCUGCAAUUGAAGCAGACGAUUAACCUAGUAGUGCAGCUCUUACCACAUGCUAGACUUUGUCAAGUAUUGAAAAGCUGCUAUUUUUUUUUGGCAUUCAGGCAGCAAAUAUGAGACAUGGUGCUAAUGUGUUUUACAAUGUGGUGGUUUAUCAAUGCGUGCAGUGUUUGUUCAGGAAAGGGAAAACAGUGUCAAGAAGCUGUUUGUAUCUAAAGAGUAAGAUUAGGUUAAGUUAGAUUGAUCGAUUACACUGUUGGAACACCAAAUAGGCCAGUCAAUGCGUUCAGUGUGUAUUCAGGAAAGGGAAAACAGUAGCAAGAAGCUGUUUGUAUGUAAAGAGUAAGAUUAAGUUAAGUUAGAUCUAUCGAUUACACAGUUGGAACACCGCAUAGGCCAGUCUAGCUGCGAGCGAAAACUUGAUCGGCCAGAAAUGAAGUCAUAAAGAGAAGAUGGGUGUCGGUGCCACCUUGAGUUUCCACAUCAGCCCACUGUGAUGUAAUGAAUUUUGAUAGCAUCUGCUCGAGGCUAGUAACUUGUUCAUUGACAAAGAAGGAUCACGUUGCAUUUUAAAGAAACUAAGGGUUCAACCUGUCAAGUAUUGAGGUGUGUUUUGCUCAAAAGUGGCUCAAAUUAUACGAAGAUGGUUUGAGAUCCAAUGUAUCACAGUGACGUACCGGAGCCGCAAUUUAGGGACAAAACUUGGAAAAGGAAAACUUAUGUUUGGCCUUCAAUUUCUUCGUUAGUAAUCAACCUUUUCCUGCCAAAUGAAUGGAAGUAGAGUUUUGAAAGUAUAUUUCGAUUGUGUUCACAACGUGCGCUGACUUGAGGAAAUAAGGCACAGGCAAAUAGUGAAGGAGCACUGACUUUCAAUUGACUUUAUUUGCAAGAAGUGUACACUGACUGGAAAAAAAAAAAGAGAAAAGGGAGAGGGUGACCAAUAUCUUAAAUCAACUGUCAUUUUCUUAAAGAACGUGCCUAAAAGCUUUGCACCAAUUGUGGGUACAUUCUUGAAGUAAAUGACAGUCGAUUUAUGAUAUCGAUUGCUCUCCUUUUGCCUUGCUUUUUUUUUUUCUGCCAGUGUAUAGUUUUUAUUGCAAUUAAAGUUAUUGGUAAAUAACCAUUCUUUGACUCUCCACCUGUUUUUUUUAUUUCCUUCAGUCAGUGUGUGCUGUGAAUGCCAUCGAAAUGAACCGUUACCUAAUAACCCAAGCCUUUCACACUCGCACACUUAAAAGAAUACUUUACUACUAGUAUAAAAUGACUGGGUGUUGUUCUGUACAGUUACACUAAACCAAUAGGUAUGUGAAUGUUUGGCAGUGAGAUAUGGUAGGCAUUUAGAGUUCAUAAACAAAGGUGCGUGAUUUCUCUUUCUAAGCACUUGUGCAAGAGAACUGCAUUCAUUCUGGUUUGCUUGCACGAUGCAUGGAGGAAGCACCUUACUCUCAUAAUUAUGAAACUAAACUGUGACUGCCCACUAAAAAGAUGUCGCCAAACGAUCGUAAUUUUAAUGGUGCAAGUUUUUAGAUGACUCUUGAUAAUGUACCACUUCGCACCAAAGAACCUUUACCGUACCGCAACAAUUGUAAGUUACGCUGUACUGGCUACAGCAGUGAUACGCUGAACGCAGGGCAGCAUAACUAUAUGCCGUGAACUCGAAUGCAUUAAUCUCAUUAAGCCUCCGAUGCAGCGUGCUAGCUGGAGAGAGAGAGGAUAAUUAUGGAAUGAAUGCAGAAAAAGUACUGAUUUUUAUAGCGUUUUAAAUUAAGUAGUGAAGAUUCUGUAGUGUCUGUCACUGUGAUUCAAACUGAACUUGAAUUAGUGAUUUGAAUGAACAGCACUGCAGAACAUUGGUAUAUCUAUAUGUUGCAGCAAAAGCCUUCCUUCUGAUUAAUAACACUCAAAGCCGCAUUAUAAUCAGUAGGACUCACCAAUAAGUGGCUAUCUUAUGUUAGUUGUGAUUACUUGCUCUUGAAUCUUACACUUAUUUAUUUUGCUGUCACUCACAUUAAAAAAAAAAAAAGUACUUCUGUUACAACACCCUGUUUAGCGUAGUUUUAGUUUUGCAAAGGUUCUGGUAAAAGUUGCCUGCUUAGCACAUUGAAUGCAGUAUAAGGUCUAUGACUUUGUAGCCAUUCAUGUGACAAGAAAGGUGGGAAUGUCUUGCACCGUAAUAGUUCCUCACUGUUUCAUUCUGUCAAGCGCAUGUAGAACAUCUAAGCUUGUCCAGCUUUAAAAGAUUAUUAAAAGCUGAGUGGAGAAACGCUGAGAAAGAUUGUGGGGAUGCAAAACAUCGAGAAAAACGGAGAGUCUACCAUUCCCACAAGCUGACAUUUGAGACGUUGUGAAAGUUUUAUUAUGUGAGGCACUCAUGGCCCUAUCUCCUUUAGUGCAUCGUGUUUACGAACAAGCUGCCUUGGACUUGUCCUGUGAGCAGUAGAUGCAUCAAGCAAUGGAAGUGUUUAUUGCACUAUUUUAAUUCAAUUUGUGGGCCUGUUGUACAGUAUCUGUGUCUUUGCAUUGGUUCCACUUGUUUCUAAUCGUCGUCUUGAGUACUGUUCUGUGAUAUUCUUUAUUUUUGAAUGAAUUGCUGUCAGGCCUGGAAGUGUAACAAAGUGAAGAUAUUGUGAUGGAUCUCGCAUGGCUGACGGUUAACUGUGUUUAAAUGACAGUUAACAGUUCGUGAAUUGGUGCAUGAGUGCUGGUGCUGCUAAAUGCUAUCGCAUGCUACAUUGCUGUAAAUACACUUUGCAUCUGAUGUGCAAAAAAAAGUUAAGUGUGCUUGGUGCUUGAGUUGUCCUCAAACAUGCUUUCACUGUGGUAAGGUUUGGUGUACAGGCGAGACUAAAGCUAAAUGGAGCACAGUGUCGAGCUUUAACUGCAUUCACUAAUGACUUCGUUGAAUUUGUUUAUAAGGCAAGUAGUACUGCACAGUGAUGCUUAUUGACGUAUUGGAACUAGUAUGUAAUACUAGUAGUGGCUGGUGACCAUACUGUAGAAUUUUUUUUUUUUUUGCAGCUAACAAGGUUUGUACAUACCUUGUUUGUACAAGGCUUGCCUUUAUGCAUACUUGAAAUUCCAUUCUGAUGUUUUCAUCAUCAACCUAUUUUGCUAGGUUCCCCUACCCAGGCAAUGAGCAACACGAGAACAAGGUGAGAGCAGGAGCCAACGUUUCGACAAGUGGACUUGUCUUCUUCAAGGCGACAUAUGCUCUCCUCGGCACAGUAUAUAUAGGUAGGGUUCUUCUAAAGGGGAGAGAAGGUAAGGCGGGUGGGUGAGGUAACGAGCGAGAGUGUGUUAGCAGCGAGGGUGUAGAAUUGAAAAGAAAGAUAAUGCGCUACUGAUAGUCGGUGGAGUAAUUUGAGGCAGCGCCGUGUGUUAGCCGGUUGACGUGUCAUUGUAGGUUCCUCUUUUCGUGGAAGGGGCUUGGACGACUGGGGAGGGAGGCGGUAUCUGCUCCGCUGGAGGUCAGUGAACUAUCUGUUACCCAGUCUGUUAGCUAGUCUGUUACCCAGGCAAGCCAUUUUAAACAGCUUUUAGCUAGUGAACCCGUCCACAGCAUCCCUUUCUGGGAAAUAAAGUGAAAUAAAACAAUGAAAUGGCAGUAGCAGGGCAUUAUGGUUCACGAAUGCAGAAACUGGGAGUGCUAGGUCUUCCCUGCUCUUUCUUUGUUAUUACAAUUAGGUGUGUGGUUGUCACUUGCAAGAAUAAAUCGCUUUCUUGAAUGCGACACCCUCUGGAGCAGGCAGUUUUUAAAAAGUGAAAAAAGAAAAGGCGAGUUUAUAGCAAGCACAAUAACUGAGUGAAGAGUUUUCCAGUAACAAGCCCAGGGGCGGUAUUCUCGAGCAAUCACAUUGGAGUAUAUAAUUGCUCUCGUGGGAUUUCACGUGACCCGGCACCUUAGCGACGCAGUUUGGUACAGUGCCAAGAAUGCUGUCGGUAGUACACUUCAACACGUCCUGCGCUGAGAAACUGCAAAGUCUCGUGAAAGUGAUCGUAUCUUGAAAAGUGAUCGCUUGAGAAUACUGCCCCGGCAUUCCUCUGUUGGAAGGUUAUUGAGCUGAAACAUUGCUGUGUUGUGAUUUUGCCUGGUUUUUCUGCUCUGGUCAUCAGUCACUUGCCUUUUUGCCCACACUUUUACAAAACAUUUUUGGUGUACUUUUGCUACAGAACAGUAUUGGCCGUCAAACUUGUGUGCGUUUCCUUCCUUUAACGAUAUGCGUCCGGAACCUUACUGUUGGAAAUGCCGCAUGUGUGCCAACAGUCCUGUAGCAUUCCUAACAGGAAUUUAGCAGACAUCCAACAUUAAAGUAAAAGAAAACGCAUGCAUAAUUGAUGGUGACUAUUGUUUGUGUCAGAGUUACACCCAAAGGGUGUACCGCAGUUUUUAACAGUGUAGGUGCUUUUCGAAUGCAGUUAGCUCUAGAGCGGCACUGUGCUUUAUUUUCCCGAGUCCUGCAGAUGUGUGUAUUUCCACCCCGUGUAGAUACUGUGAAGUUUAGAGCUGGAUGCUGUAUAUGCGUUUGUGCGGUUACGAUGAAUUCCAGAGAAAUUGAAGUCGUGCCUGUGUCGUUUUUGUGUUAUGCGAUACUGCAGGAACAGAGUGCGUGCUUACGCUUUGAGCGAGCAACCAGUUGCUAAUGUCACUGAAAUGUACCUCGAAAAGUUUGCAAGACCAUGGGAGCAGCAAAAUAUUCUCAUUUUAUUCUGCAACAACAGUGUUGGCUGGAACUGGAACACACGGUGCAUUGGUACUACUCACCCACGUGCACAUAGCACCAGUCAAUGCACCAGUGCCUGGACUGUGAAAUUAAAAUCUUUGUUUCAUGGCAACCAUGAUCAUCGGACUUUUACUCAUGAAUUUGCAGUACAUCUAUGUUUGUGAACGGUUACUUGUCGCUUGGAAAAAAGGUGAAAUAUUGACGUGCCAGUGUCUGUAUUCCACUGUAUGCUCCAAAUGAUGCAGCCUGGUGCAGCGGGUAAAAAUAACUACAACAUAUAGCUACAUUUUAAUCAACUUCACCUUAUGUUUCGCAGCAGCAUAGGUAACGAAAAUUGGACGGUAAGGAAGGAACUUGAAAUGAAACUAAGUGCUGCUUCACUAUCAACAGAACAGGAAGUGACAGGCAUAAUGUUGAGAAAUAGGCAGACAGCUGUGUGGAUUGUUGUUAGAAAAGAAGCAAGUCACUGACCAUAGUCAAAGCAAAAGAUUACAGAAUCCAUACGGACCCGAUUGCAAACAAAUUCAUACAGAUUGUGAACAGGAGAUUCGUACGAAUCUCGAAACGUCAUUUUGUCUUGCCCAUGGCCGGUGACCUGCUUUUUACCAAACUGAUUUUACCUGACAGGUAUUCCAUUAAGCACUUGACUACAGUAUGGAUUUUAGAGCAAACACAGGCAGCUGACUAGUUUAGGUUAAACGGAUAAAGGGGAAUUGGUCUGGCCACAUGAUGCAUAGAAUGAGUGAUGGGUGGUGUAUUAGAAUAACUGUAGGAGCGUAGGCAUUUAUUCGAGCUCGUUGGUUCAUGAUUUGAGCAGAAACAACGCAACGGAACAGCAAGUAAGGAAGGGACAGAAAAUGGCACUGACUAACAAUAAAAAUGUUUAUCGUUUCAAGCAGCAUAUGUAGUGUAUAGCUUUUCAAGAGAAACGAAAAAGACUGGAAGGGAGCAUUCGUGGAAGUAAUAUAGAAUGAAUAACAGAAGUGCCAAGGAGAUGGAUAUGUAAUGGAGGGCAGCAGAUGGGGGGAGGGGGGUGUAGAUGGACUGAUGAAGUGGAAAAUUUGCAGCCAUAGGAUUAAGUCGGUUUUAGCAGGACAGGAACAGCUGAAGAUCGCUGGGAGACAUCUUUGUCCCAACGCAUAGGCUGAUGAUGUCGUUUUUCUGGAUUAAGUCUAGAGUAGGGGCGAGGGCUAUUUGGGAUAUCUUGAGUGGUAUUCACAGUCAGCCACUUUUGAGAGUACGGUCUCUCUCGCAGGAUUUUUUGUGACUUGGCACUUAACACGUCAGUGUCUACAGGCACAAGUGUUCCACGCACUGUGUGAGGAACGCUGUCGCCAUAGGCACUCACGCAUGCAGUGCAGAGUCGUGCUAGUCUCAUUAAAGUGGUCGUAUCCCCAAAAGUGAUUGACCAAGAAUAUGGCCCCUGGAUGUCUAUAGUAAAAUCACUUGUCUGUCACAAAAUGACUGCUGGUUGAGAAUUUAGCCUCAAUGGAUGCCCUAGUGCUGAUUUUAAGUAUGAUGCUGUGUGGCCUGUUUGUUCUGUGCGACUAAGGGCAACUUCAAGAAGGGUUCCUUAAGGCAGUAUUUCAGUGUGACCAUUGCACUGACCUUGACAGUAGUCUAGACAUCCUUAUGCAUUCCAUACCAGGCAUGUUUUAAAACAUGUGGUGCGCCAUGAACCAAGUUUGUAGCUGGAACUGUGAGUGAAGAACAGUGUAAAAAGUGUGGCAGUUAUUCAAACUCUUGUUCUCUCUCUUUUUUUUUUUUUUUUUUUCUUUUGGGGGGGGGGGGGGUAUGCUUUUGUGCACUUCUCAUUUUCUGCCUCCUGUGAUGUGUUGCUUUUCUAAUUACCUCUCAUGAUUCCAAUCAAUACUCAUCACACAUUUAUGAAAAUUUUUGCAGUGCUUAUGUAAAUUUCGUUGUGCUUCUGGUUGCAAAGGGGCAAAAUGCUUUGCUUUUACAGACAAAGCAAGGAGUUUAACAGAUAUUGAUUUCCUGCCCAUGAGUGACUAUGACUACAAAAAUUAAUACCUUAGUUAAAUCAGACCUUCCCUAUGCAGGUUCACAUGAAAUGAAUUUGCUCUCAUAAUGCAGUCGGUGAACUUGUUGAAGCGAAAUUUGUUCCAAUUAAAAGAAAAAUUGACAUCGUAGUGACAUUAGGGAAGAUUUUUUUUUUUUUAUUUAUGCCCCCAGACAGUUGUGCAAAUGUGUAAUUCUGCAACAGAAAGAUAUGUUGCAUUUUCAUGAAUCGAAUUCAUUUGUGCUUCGAUCCUUUUUUUUUGUUUUCUUGUAGUUUACUGAUCUUCAACAACGCUUGUAAAAUAAUUUGAGGUCCUAGACCAAAGUUCUGCAUUCAACAGUCAGUAUUCAGCUUUGCUGAAGUCGGCAUUCUCUCCCAAGUGCAGCAUCUUUCAAAUUGUCUCAACGGUUGUUUAUCUAAGGAGCGCUUCUGCAUUUUACACUUAUUUGAAUAGCAAAAUUGGAGUUAGUCCCUCGAGCUUAAGCUUUACCUGAAGCAUAGUUCAAGCAACUUAAGGCCAUUUUGAAACUAGUGAUUGAAGUUUGAAACCGCAGAUUAUGGCUUGCAAAAGCACCAUUGUAGAUGUUUCGACGUGAACCUGGUGAUUCCCGCUGUGAUGAAAAACUGCCAUAUUUUUUUACUUGCUUCCCUACGCCGCAAGAUAUAAGGAGGGGUAGGAUUUUUAGCCAAACUGAAGCCCCUCCCUCAAGUGUCGACUGUGGUCAUUGAAAGUUUCAAAAAACGCAAUGGAUUCUACUGUUCCAUCAAAGCACUGCUGUCUGUGACUUGCAGGUUGCAUUGGAACAGUGUAUCUUUUUAUGUCACUGUUUAUUUUCUUUUGUGUGUGUGUGAUAUGUAUGUUUGGGAACUUGUGGAAUAAAAGUGGCAAAUUUCUUUCAAAACUA